AUGCUGUAAAUCCGAAAAAGGUUAAUUUUGGAUUUUUUCUUUCAUUAAUUGGAUUUAUAUUUGUUAAUAAUAGAUAAAUUUUCUCAUUUUCUGUGACAUCAUAAUGAGUGGGGCAUUACGACUUUCUAUACUAAUCCGUUCAAGUUUUUUAGGAAAAAAUCAUCUAAAACAAUUGCCUGCAGUGUUAUCGAACCAUCGUGUAGCUAAUAUUGUGUCGGUUGCAAAUCAAACACCGGAAGAUGGAUUUAUUAAAACAACACCUUUCCCAUUUAAAACAAAACGCUAUACAAGACUUCAUGUUGCUAUGCCAUUUUUGGAUCCAACCGAAGUUCGAAUGAAUAAAAAUUCGAAAAUCAUCUGUGUUGAAGGUAAUAUUGGUUCGAAAAAGGAUCAGGUUGCUGAAGGUAUUGCCAAAGCAUUCGGUAUGCAUUAUAUGCCCGAACCAAGAAUCGAUGAAAUGUAUGUAAAUAAAGAUGGUUUCGAUUAUAGAACAUUGAAUCAAUACAUACACCCGAAACUACAUGCAAUUGAUGAGAAAAUGUAUUAUGAAGAUCCAUAUCAUCCAGCCGUACCAUGGUUGAAAAUUUUUUUCUACAAAAUUCGUUACAUGCAAUAUGUGGAUGCUUUGGCUCAUAUGUUUAACAGUGGACAAGGUGUUGUCCUCGAACGUGCACCUCAGUCGGAUUUUGUCUUUGCCGAUGCUAUGCAUAAAUGUGGAUUUCUUCCCAAAGAUGCUUAUGAUCAUUAUUAUCGGCUACGUUAUGAUACAAUUCAUGAAUUGAAACGUCCACAUUUGGUCAUUUAUUUGGAUACCGAUGUUGAUGUUUGCAUGAGACGUAUUAAAGAAAAAGGAAUUCCUUACCAAAUCAAUAGUAAAGUGUUAUGCGAAGAAUAUCUUAGUGAAAUUGAAAAAUCAUAUAAAGAAAAAUAUCUGGAAGAUGCUGAUAAAUAUUCCCAAUUAUUAGUGUUCAAAUGGAAUGAACCAACGCCAUUGGAUGAUAUGAUAUUGGCAAUGGAAAAUGUAAAUCUCGAUGAUUGGGAUAUAUUCGGUGAUAAAUUUCGUGAUUGGAAUUUUUAUUUCAAUUCCAUAAUGCAUGAAGCACGAUAUACGUAUACGAGAGAAAAAAAUAGUUUCAUUUCGGCAUUUUCCGAUACACUUACAUAUGAUGUCGAUAGUCUUGAUUUGGAUGCUAAUGAUUAUGAACAUAGGGAUAAAGUCUACGAAACUUUGGUGCCAAACUAUGGACAAGUACCGGAAACAGGAUUGAAAAAUGGUUUUCUUAAAUCGGCAUUCACAUUACCAUCACUUCGUGAGAAAGAGGAAUUUUGUAUACGAGGACCGUUCUUUUAGAAUUUAUGCGAUAAAAAAUUUGUAAAUUAUUUUAGCAGAAAAUCACAAUAAUGAAUGAAUGAAUAAAGAAACAAUCGAAUCAAUUA